AUGGUCUUAGCCUUAGUCUUACUUCUCUUAGCUGAACUCUACUGUUCCCCCCUCAUCCACCGCCACCGCCACCGCCGCCGUCAACUCACUCCUCCCACCACCACCACCACCGGAAACAACUCCUUAACAAACUCUCCUCAACACACUCAUGUUUCAGAUCCCUUACAUGACACAGAAAAACAACUCCUCCCUGAUCAGUCUUUGCCGGAGACUCAACAAACCGUCCAAAAGGGUUGUGGUUUAACGGAUUCCGUUAACGGAUGCUCACUGAUUUAUAUUUCGAAUCCGAUCUAUGAAGGUGAUGGGAAUGGGACGCCGUUUGAGACACCUGACAGCUCGCCUUCUCGGUUGGAAACCGAGGAUUGUUCUUCGUCUGGUGAUGAUGAGAAAGAAGAAGUGUCGUCGAAUGUUGUUGGUACGAUGAUGGAGAAGAAGAAGGUUUGUGUGAAAGAUGUUGGGUUGUUGGGGAUAUCAGGGAGUGAUACGAAUGGAGUUUCUUCUUCUUGUUCCUUAACGACUCCUUGUACUUCUCCUUCAUUGUGA